AUGUCUUGCUACGACCUGUGCUCCACCUCUGUCGGCGGCGUCUACCGCCCCCAGCCCCUCGCUGACAGCUGCAACGAGCCGUGUGUCCGUCAGUGCCCCGACUCCUCGGCCUUCAUCCAGCCGCCCCCCGUGGUCGUCACCUUCCCCGGCCCCAUCCUCAGCUCCUUCCCCCAGCAAGCCAUGGUGGGCUCGUCCGGAGCCCCCGCCUUUGGGGGCUCCCUGGGGCUGGGGGGCCUCUAUGGCUCUGGGAACCUUUACGGUUAUGGGGGCUCUCUGGCAUAUGGGUCCCAGUAUGGAUAUGGGAGUUCAGCCCUCUCCACGCUCGGCAGCGGGUCCUGCAGCCCGUACUCCUCCCGUCGGGACAGCCGGUUCCUCCGCAGCAGCUGUGGGCCCUGCUAA